AUGCUAGCUGAGGAAUUCUGGGAUGUCUAUCCAACAAAAAUGGCCAAGCAGCCAAGCGUUCAGGAUGGUGGUUCACUUAUAUUCGGAGGAGUCGAUUCCAGUCUCUACUCUGGUCAGAUUAACUGGAGUCCAGUCACCCAAGAAGAGUAUUGGCAAAUUGCGAUUGAUGGAUUCCUGGUCAACAACCAGGAAACCAAUUGGUGUAGCCAGGGGUGCCAGGCGAUUGUGGAUACCGGAACAUCCCUACUCACUGUUCCUGGGCAAUUCUUUGGAAACCUGAUGCAGAACAUUGGAGCUCAGCAAAGCAACAAUGGCCAGUUUGCGGUUAACUGCAGUAACAUUGAGUACAUGCCGACUAUCACAUUUGCCCUCAAUGGAGUUUAUUACCCCUGA